GUCGUCGCUCUAUCGCCACUGACGCGCUGUGCUGCAUAGCAGCUGCGCGCUCUCACGUCCAGUGUUUGACAAAACCUUCUUGGUUUGACUGUGCGAGCAGAACGUGCGCGGCGGUAAUGGCUGCCAGGGAGAGUAAAGAAGACAACAAAUGAACCCCCGAGAAUCGACUCGAAGUGAGGACUAGGAUGGUAAGCAGCCAGCCGAAGUACGAACUCAUCCAGGAGGUGGGGCGUGGCAGUUACGGUGUGGUCUAUGAGGCAGUAGUGAAGCGUACAGGGGCAAGGGUGGCGGUGAAGAAGAUUCGCUGCCACUCUCCAGAAAAUGUCGAACUGGCCCUUCGGGAAUUCUGGGCCCUCAGCAGCAUCCAAAGCCAGCACCCGAAUGUCAUCCACCUGGAGGAGUGUAUCCUGCAGCGGGACCAGCUAGCCCAGAGGAUGAACCACGGCUCCAGUUCGCCGCUCUACCUUGAGCUCGUGGAGACGUCUUUGAAGGGCGAGAUCACCUUUGACCCUUGCUGUGCCUACUAUUUGUGGUUUGUUAUGGACUUCUGCGACGGCGGCGACAUGAAUGCCUACUUGCUGUCUCGCAAACCUAGCCGCAAGACCAACACCAGCUUCAUGCUGCAGCUGGGCAGCGCCCUGGCUUUCCUGCACCGUAACCAGAUCAUACACCGUGACCUCAAACCAGACAACAUCCUCAUCUCCCAGGCCUGCACGCCAGCCGGCUCGUCCGAGCCCACCCUCAAAGUGGCUGACUUUGGCCUGAGCAAGGUCUGCUCUACAUCCGGGCUCAACCCCGAGGAGCCGGCCAGCGUCAACAAGUGCUUCCUGUCCACGGCUUGUGGGACGGACUUCUACAUGGCCCCGGAGGUCUGGGAGGGCCAUUACACAGCCAAGGCAGAUAUCUUCGCCCUGGGGGUGAUUAUCUGGGCUAUGGUGGAGCGCAUCACCUUUGUGGAUGUGGAGACUCAGAAGGAGCUGCUGGGGAGCUACGUGCAGCAGGGCUCGGAGAUUGUGCCGCUAGGAGAGGCCCUGUUAGAAAACCCAAAGAUGGAGCUACUGAUCCCUGCCCGGAAAAAGAGCAUGAACAGCCACAUGAAGCAGCUGAUCAGGGAGAUGCUGUCGGCCAACCCUCAGGAGCGGCCCGACGCCUUUGAACUGGAGCUCAGACUGGUCCGUAUCGCGUGCAGAGAGCUCGACUGGGACACGUGAUUGACGAGCAAACGUCACCACAAACUCGGCCGCAAAGCACACGCAAACAUCUCAUCAGCUGCUGUUAACAACGACGGUCACAUAAUGGGCAACAGUCAUUGGUUGUAAUAUUGAUUAUCCUUUAGCCACUGUUCAAAGCACCCACAGUCUACGACUUUAUAUUGAAGGGGGGAGGUGUCACAUCUGCUGCUCCAAACUGCAGCCUAGUCUCAGGCUAAUCACAGCUUCCACUUCCUCAUUUCAUCUGAAGCAUGACGGAAGAGCAGCGUGACCCUAGAAACUCCUGCUUUCAGGUAGAAAAGACAGUCAGAGCCUUUGUCUUCAAAUGCCACCCAAACCUCGGUGCUAAGUGUUACUAAAUGCAAUAUGAGACAUGAUCCUGUGAUUUCUUGUGCUCACAUUCACCCAAAGGGCCGACACUGCAUCCAGCCACCUCACCGUGCUGCGUGUUGCUGCAAAGUUGUUUGUGGGUUUUACAAUUUACAUGAAGAUUGGACUCAAAUACAAACAUGCCCUGAAUGCUCAGGUAUUAAUGGCGUACAGCUCGAUGGUGUUUGAAGACAAAAGCUCGCUGUCGAGGGACGUUCUGCUCCUUGGUCGUGUGAGGGGGAAAAUAAAAACUUUGGUGCUUACAUAUUAGUAACAUGGGUGGGGGACUUUUUCUUCUUUAUCAGCAAGUGUCCAGCCAGCAGGGGCUCGUGGUUGGGGGGUUUCUCCCCUUUGCAAACUGUAAGAUAGGCUGGCCAGUCGCAGACACACCCCUGGCCGCAUGAUCAGAAUGUAUAAUGAUGGAGAGCGGUCCCUGUUAUUAACAUAGAGCCUUAAACACAGAAAUACUUUUAGCCCUGAGCACGUCAUCCAGUCAGUGAGGCAGACAAAGGAUCAUGCAGGUUUAUUACAUGUUUGUUCCAGUCUGUGGUUUGCACUGAAGCCCCUUUAGACUGAAUUCUGUCAUUUCAGGGCAUCUUUACAUGACUUCAGUCAGAUAAGAAAGACUGCUGCAGAAAAGGACAAGACGGAGUAAGACGCUGUAUUUAAUAUGUUUAAUAUCCUUGCAACAUGAGGCACGAGAUGGUCAGCAGAGAAUCACGUAUAUCUGAGGUUUACCAGCUGGUUACUGGUCAUAGGUGGCCAGCUGAAAACAGUCCAGUUAGGCUCGACUGCUGACCAGUUUGUGGCCUCUGGUGUCGACUCCUAAUUAUGUCAGCAGGUGCAGCACUGCAGGCUGCUAAAGCCGACCAAAGUCAGGUAGAUGCAUCACCAAAACAUGCUUGUAUAAGUCUUGUAGCUGAAGUUUAAUAUGAAUGUGAUACACCUUAAAACUACCAUGAAAUAACACCGUGAUACAAAUGUUUUCAAUCUCAGAGAGUUGGGAAAUCCCCUUAGUGCUUCUUUAUUAAAUAGUUAUCACAGGCGAAGCCCUGAUCUGUUCCAGCCUGUAAUCAUAGAGGCUCUGGCCUCGAGUUUUACCCUCAUAAAGGCGACUUUGUGAUUAAGGAGUUGGAUUAUUGGGACAUCAGUAAUGAGAGCGAUUACUGUUGUUCUUACUUUAAUAUGAUCAUUGUUCAGCGUGCAUCACACCCAGUAGGAAUAAUGGAAUAAUAAAUCCGAAUGAUCCUUCACAAAGACAGGAAUCUGAGCUGUGGUGCAGUCAGACUCAGUGUUGGGUAGAAAAACCAAUAAUGUCCAGUUGGACUGUUUAAGAGUGGUGACACAAGUAUUCACACAUGUUCACACCUGAUGUGUAAAAGGGACGAGUGGAGCAAAGCACUUAUCGCUAACACGGUUCGUGACGACCUCCUGCAGUGUGUGCUGCAGGCUGAUAACCACGCAGGUAUUUGUUUUCCAGGCUGUUGUUAGUUACGCACGCUGCAGCUCAUCUUCAGGAAAGGCGAGAGGAAGAGCAUCAGCACUCGCCAUCCUCCAGAGGAUCUUCUCUGUUUUCGUUGACGUGUAAAGCUCUUGUGUUUUGUAUGUGUUUAACCUGAUCUGCUCUCACUGUGUCACUGCCUCCUUUCCUCUGGCUCUUACAGUAAUCCUGCUCUUCAUGCUCCUGACAGGCUAAUUCUAAGCCUAUUAAGCUGCAGCGCUUGGCACAGGAUCAUGCCUGGGACCCUUUUGCCUUUCAGGUUAUACAUAAUGUGUGUACUUUGACACAUUUUAAAUGAAAACAGUAAAAACUCACAAACAUACAAUGUCUUUGUUAGCUCACAGCUCUGUAACUGGCAGACCCCCCCUCAUUCAUUUCCCCCAUGCUUUUAGCUCUGAUAGCUUUAUUCACUGGCAUCGUGCGGAUGACAUCGGCCUUGCCGUCAUUGUGACACUAGAGUGACCUCACUGAUAUUGCACUCAAACACCUCAUUGGCAGAGUAUGUGGUUGAGAUGCACAGCGUCUCGUGAGCCUGCAGCGCUUUUGGUACAACCAGCAAUACCACAGAAAUCAGUAUUACAAUACUCGGACGACGUUUCCUUUGCUUGCGUUGGGACUCAAAUCUCUCAUGUGGAUGUUUAGGGAGUCGUUUCUGGUCGACAGAGGCGUUUGCCAAACUAAUGCUUGGUCUGGGUUACUCACCUUUGAUUUUUGAUGUUCAUUUCCUUUGCACAUGUGUAAAUACUGUACAGGUUUAUGUACAUGUGACUGAGUGUGCUCUGUUUUCAAGAGCUGGAUUGGUUUGACAUGUAAAUUUGCUGUGAUGACUUCAGUUUUCCUUCAGCUCUUGAUUCAGCACUGCUUUCCUUCAAUCAUUGAAAAGAUGUGAUAUACUUACAGGUUAAUACAGUUGGUGUGCUAGUGAUAAUGUAUGUACGUCAUUGGCCUGUUGUUUGUGGUUUUGUGUAAGCAAAAGCUGAAAUACAACACGGGUCAGCUCAGUCCUCCUUUUGUCUGCUACCAGGUAAAUGGUCAGCAGUCACGUUCAGCAGGGGUGCACUCGUGUAAAUGCUGAACGCCUCGUCGACGGCCGCUGGCCAAACGGCCGAUAAAACUGAGGCUCGCGUGAUGGCGCAGAGCCUUGUAUAUGAGAUUCAGUUUCAUCCAUUGUGACUGAAUUUUAUUUUUCUCAUUCAAAAACAGUGAAGCGCUGGAGAAUCCAAACGUUCCCCUGGCACAAGGGGAGUAAAUAAUAAAGGAGAGAAACCGUAACAGCUUCUUUUUGUUUCGAACCUUUGGACAAUGAUGCUCAUACCAAGCACUGCUUCGAAGUCUCAGACAUGUCCGUUACUGGGUGGGCUUAAAAAAGCUCACCAGACAGUGAGAGAGACUUGUGCUCAGUGCUGCUGACACAUACAGAGCGUCGGAUCGAUGGUAGAGGGACUGACGGUUUCCCCGUUUACAACUUUCUAGCAUCCCCCUAAAGCAGAUGUGGCAACUCCAGGCCUGGAGGGCCGGUGUCCUGCAGGUUUAAGAUGUCCUUGAUCCAACACAGCUGGUUUAAACGGCUAAACGACCUCCUCAGCAUGUCCUGAAGUUCUCCAGAGGCCUGCUAAUGAACUCAUGUGAUUCAGGUGUGUUGACCCAGGGUGAGAUCUAAAACCUGCAGGACACCGGCCCUCCAGCCCUGGAGGUCCCCACCCCCCAACCC